AAUUUGAAUGCACCUAUAGAAGAAUUUAGGAUGAUGGUGCACUUAUUCGGAGCUGCUUCGUCACCUAGCUGCGCCUCUUAUGCACUGAAAAGGACUGCUGAGGACAGAAAAGAAGUAGCAUCUCCGAAGGCUGUUGAAACAGUUAUACACAAUUUUUACGUUGAUGACUGCUUGAAAUCUGUGUCUACAGAACAAGAAGCUAUUGACUUAGCAAGUGAUGUUCGUAAGUUAUGUGCUGAAGGAGGUUUCUGCUUAACCAAGUGGGUAAGCAAUAGUAGGAAAGUACUAUUGUCUAUUCCAGAAGAACAAAGGGCCAGUGGAAUAAAGGACCUUGACUUGGAUCAGGAUUUUCUGCCAAUCGAGAGAGCACUUGGCAUGCAGUGGUGUACAGAAAAUGACACUUUCACAUAUAAGAUCAAGGUACAAGAGAAGCCAUUCAGUAGGAGAGGUAUUCUUUCAGUUGUUAAUUCAAUUUAUGACCCUCUUGGGUUUCUGGUGCCACUCAUUCUACCAGUUAAGCUCCUUCUGAGAGAUAUGUGCAAACAAGGAUAUGGAUGGGAUGAAGAGAUUGAGGGUAAGCAAGCUGAUCAGUGGGUCAGAUGGCUAGAAGAUCUAAAUCACCUCUCAGACUUUCAGAUCAAAAGGUGUGUAAAACCAGAGAAGUUUGGUAACACAACAGAAGCGCAAUUGCAUCAUUUCUCUGAUGCCAGCGAGAGUGCGUAUGGCACAGCAACUUAUCUGGUGCUUAAAAAUGAACAUAAUCAGAAACAUUGUUCCUUGUUAAUGGGAAAGUCAAGAGUUAGCCCACUCAAACAAAUCACAAUCCCUAGACUUGAGCUGACAGCGGCAACCAUAGCCGUCAAAGUAGACAAAAUACUAAGACAAGAGCUUCAAAUUCCACUUCAGCAGUCGGUUUUCUGGACGGAUAGCACUACAGUGCUCAGCUACAUUGGCAAUGAGAGUGCACGCUUCAAAACAUUUGUAGCAAACAGGAUCUCACUCAUACGAGAUGCUACUACUUCAUUACAAUGGAGGUUUGUCAAGUCAGCACAAAAUCCUGCAGAUCAAGCUACUAGAGGUCUUAAAGCAAAGGACUUUGUGCAAGAAGAAAAAUGGUUUAAAGGGCCCAACUUUUUGUUGAAACCAGAGGAAGAAUGGCCACAAUGCCGAGAUCAAAUGACUCAAGGUGCACAACAAGACCCUGAAAUCAAAGCUGAAAUCAAAGUCAAUGUUCUUAACAUUAAAGAAGGCAAGGACAUUGUAAGCAAGCUAACUGAUUACUACUCAAGCUGGUUUAGUCUGAAAAAGGCAGUGGCAUGGAUGAUAAGACUAAAAGAAACACUUUUACAAUUAUGUAAAGUAAGAAGACAGUUCCAAGAGUCCAUUGCACAAUCAGAGAAAGACCCGGAAAAGCAAGCAUCCCUUCUACAAGAGCAAAUGCAGAAAUACAGAUCAACAAUGGAGAAAAAGUCGUUGAGCCUGAAAAACCUGAAUCAAGCAGAAAUUCAGCUCAUUCAAUUCAGUCAAAAACAACAAUUUCAGGAUGAAAUUGAGGCUCUGAAAAAGAAUAUUCCUGUUAAGAAAAGAAGUCAGCUGUUCAAGCUUGACCCUGUACUUCAGGAUGGGAUACUAAGAGUGGGAGGUAGGCUCAACAGAGCAGCCAUGCCAGAGGAAUCCAGACAUCCUGCAAUCCUCUCAAAAUGCUCUAAGAUUUCAACUCUCAUUCUAAACGAUAUUCAUCAAAGAUGUGGACACUGUGGUUGAAACUACAUGCUAUCUACUCUCAGACAAAAAUUCUGGAUCCCCCAAGCCAACUCAGCAAUUCGAAAACUUAAUUCGAUCCAUAAAUGUGCAGUUUGUCGCAGACGUAAUGGAAGAGUAGGUGAGCAAAAAAUGGCAAGCUUGCCAGAAGACCGCUUGCUACCUAAUAAACCCCCUUUUACGAAUGUGGGCGUAGAUUACUUUGGACCCUUCGACAUAAAACGGGGCCGGAGUACUGUAAAAAGGUAUGGAGUGUUGUUCACCUGCCUAA